UGAAUCUCCUAACACUUUACUUCGAGUCUUCAUUCAAUGGUCGCCAUGUUUUCAUCUUCAGAAAUGUCUAAAACAGCAUCUUCAUUAUUCUCCUCGUACGCCUCCUUUGCAGGCUCCAUGAUGCUGGUCCGAUCCAUGGCCCACGAACUCAUUCCCCACCCACUCCGAUCCUACCUUCUCAAAACAUGCCGCUACUUCUUCGCUCCUCUCUCCUCCGACCUCACCCUCGCCAUCGACGAGCGAUGCGGGAUGGGCAAGAACCAAGUUUACGAAGCAGCCAAACUGUAUCUCAGCACCAGGAUCAGCCCCAAGACGGAGCGGCUCCAAGUCAGCAAAACCAGGAAACAAAACCACCUCACCAUCGCCAUCGACAACGGCGAAACAGUAGUCGAUCGUUUCGAAGAUGUUCGACUGACAUGGAGGUUUGUUUCUGCAAAAAUACAGAAGCCUCCAUACGGAGAAAAAAGUUACUUCGAGAUCAUCUUCAACAAGAAACACAAAGAUAAAGUUUUGAACUUUUACUUGCCCUACGUUUUGCUCAAAGCCGAGGAGAUAAAAAACAAAGACAAGGCGAUAAAGCUUUAUAGUCGUCAAUGUCCAUUCAGUGAAGAUGAUAAUGAAAGAAGGGGUUGUUGGGGUUCAAUAAUCCUUGACCAUCCAGCUACUUUUGAUACUUUGGCUAUGGAGCCAGAUCUGAAAAAGAUGAUCAUUGAUGAUUUGGAGAUGUUUUUGAAGAGGCAAGGGUAUUAUAAGAAAGUGGGAAAGGCUUGGAAAAGAGGUUACUUGCUGUAUGGUCCUCCUGGCACUGGGAAAUCCAGUUUGGUUGCCGCCAUGGCUAAUCAUCUCAAGUUCGAUAUAUAUGACUUGGGGCUCACGAGUGUACACUCUGAUGCUGAAUUAAGGAGGACACUGCUGUCGACAAGUAAUCGGUCGAUACUGUUGAUUGAAGACAUUGAUUGCAGCUCUAAGGUUCUUAAACGACAACCUACAAACAAAAACAGACAUCAUGAUGCUAAAUCUGGGCAGUUGACACUGUCUGGUAUACUAAACUGCAUCGAUGGACUGUGGUCAAGCUGUGGGGAUGAGAGAAUUAUUGUGUUCACAACUAAUUACAAGGACCGAAUCGACCCUGCUCUGUUGCGGCCAGGUCGAAUGGACUUGCACAUCAACAUGUCCUACUGCACCACUGCAGGAUUCAGGAUUUUAGCUUCCAAUUAUCUGGGAAUCGGCAGCAAACAUAACCCUUUGUUUGGAGAAAUUGAUGGCUUGCUCAAAAGUACAGAGGCGACCCCAGCGGAGGUAGCUGAGGAAUUGAUGAGGAGUAAUGAUGCUGAUGCUGCUCUUCGAGGUCUUGUUGAGUUCCUCAAACGCAAGAGAGAUGAAACCAAGAAUGAAACAACAGAUUGUGGUGGAGUUGGUUCCUCCAUCACAAGAUUGAAGGAAAUAGUAUCAAGAGUUAAGAGAUUGAAAACGGAUGGUGAUCAAAAGAUGGUGAACAGAAAAAGAAUGGUGAAUGGAAGAAUUGGGUUGAGAAGAAUGUAAACACUGCAUUUUUUUCUACCAAAAUUAGCUCAAUGCAAAUCACUGAAUUAUGAAUAAAUUAUGCCAUUUAAAUUGA